GUGCCUCGUCCACUUGGAAGGGCGUAAGGUUUCCUUGAGGAUCUUGGGUCGAGCUUGAAACAGCCGAGUAGAGAAGGAGGACUGCUCUUGAAAUCAACCAGCCAUGUCGGACGCGGUGAUUAGUUUCAUGAAGGACUUUUUGGCUGGCGGUAUUGCCGCUGCCAUCUCCAAAACAGCUGUUGCUCCUAUUGAGAGAGUCAAGCUGCUGCUGCAGGUGCAGCAUGCCAGCAAACAGAUCACCGCUGAGAUGCAGUACAAAGGAAUUAUUGACUGUGUUGUUAGAAUCCCGAAGGAGCAGGGCUUCGUGUCAUUCUGGAGAGGCAACCUGGCCAACGUGAUCCGUUACUUCCCUACCCAAGCCUUGAACUUCGCCUUCAAAGACAAGUACAAGAAGAUCUUCCUCGGUGGCGUGGAUCAGAAGACACAGUUCUGGCGUUACUUUGCUGGGAACCUGGCGUCCGGCGGUGCCGCUGGGGCCACUUCGCUCUGCUUCGUCUACCCUCUCGACUUUGCCAGGACGAGGCUGGCUGCCGACAUCGGCAAGGGCCCAGCAGAGAGGGAGUUCACCGGACUCGGAAACUGCAUUGCCAAGAUAUUCAAAACCGAUGGCCUCAAGGGUCUUUAUCUCGGUUUCAACGUGUCGGUGCAGGGCAUCAUCAUCUACAGAGCGGCUUACUUCGGAUGCUUCGACACAGCAAAAGGCAUGCUGCCAGAUCCCAAGAACACCCACAUCUUUGUCAGCUGGAUGAUCGCCCAGACUGUGACAGCUGCAGCAGGUAUCAUCUCGUAUCCCUUCGACACCGUCAGACGUCGCAUGAUGAUGCAGUCCGGCCGUAAAGGAGCUGAUAUUAUGUACAAGGGCACAAUUGACUGCUGGAAGAAGAUCCUGAAAGACGAGGGAGGACGGGCCUUUUUCAAGGGUGCCUGGUCCAAUGUGAUCAGAGGCAUGGGUGGUGCCUUUGUGCUGGUGCUGUAUGAUGAGAUCAAAAAGUUCAGCUUCUAAGCACACACUCCCAACCCCUCAAGGAGACCCCUUUAAUUUGUAUAAGUCUUAUUUUUUGUGAUACAUGACACCAACCCGGUGAAUUAAGAAUCUGGGCUUGUUGGCUACCUCUCCUGUGCAACCAGCUGGAGGAGAAUGGAAAGGUGUAGACCUGGGUUUAUGCCUCGUCAGGAAUGUGUAUAUACAAAUACCAUCAAUCAUCUGCUGAAAGGCAGUCUCUCAGUUUUAAAAGCCGGUGGACACGAUGUGAUGACAGACUAUGAUACAGGCCAAGCACUCCUCCUGCUCCUAUCAUAUGCUGUGACUACUCUGACCCUUGUAUUCCACCUUAAACAUUAAUUUAUUCAGAAUAAAGACUCUGUCUAUA